GAUUGGAAGCUGACAUCGAACGUUUUGCAAACGAUUUUCUUCUGGUUAGGCGGCGUUGUUUUCUAAUUAAUUAAAGCUUGGAGGGCCUGCAUUAAAAACUUAAAAAAUGUCUUUAGCCGACGAACUAUUGGCUGAUCUCGAGGAAGACAAUGACAACGAAAUUGAUGAGCUGCAAAAUUGUACAUUUUUGCAGAUGGAUGAGGAUGAGGAGGCAGCGCAGGAGAUAACAGAAAAGCUUCUCAAGCCACAGGUAAAUCUCAUGGAAGUUGAUGUGCAGGUGCAAUCCGUACGAGAGCUCUGCAAAUUGCGCGACUCUGAACGUCUGCAGUACGUGCUGAAACAAAUCGAGCAAUAUGGUAGCAGACAGCGUACCUCAGCGGAGAUGCUGGGAAAUGUGGAAUCAGACCCUGAAUAUCAGCUUAUCGUGGAGGCCAAUGCUAUAGCGGUGGAUAUUGAUAAUGAAAUCUCAAUUAUACACAAAUUUGCCAAAGAGAAAUAUCAAAAGCGUUUUCCCGAACUGGACUCGCUGAUUGUUGGCGAAAUUGAGUAUUUGUAUGCGGUGAAAGAGUUGGGCAAUGACCUUGAGCAGGUGAAGAACAAUGAGAAAUUGCAGGCCAUACUAACGCAAGCUACUAUUAUGAUUGUGUCAGUUACAGCGUCAACAACGCAAGGCACUGAACUGACACCUACCGAAAAGGCCCAGAUUGAUGAAGCCUGCGAAAUGGCAAUCGAUUUGAACAAUUUUAAAUCACAAAUUUAUGAAUACGUAGAAAGUCGCAUGACCUUUAUUGCGCCCAAUCUUUCCAUGAUCGUGGGUGCAUCGAGCGCAGCAAAACUGCUGGGCAUAGCUGGUGGUUUAACAAAACUAUCAAAAAUGCCUGCUUGUAAUGUACAAGUGUUGGGCUCACAAAAGAAAACUUUAUCUGGUUUUUCGAAAACGCAAAUGCUACCACACACAGGAUAUGUUUACUUCUCACAGAUUGUGCAAGAUACAUCACCGGAUCUUCGUCGCAAAGCAUCGCGUUUGGUUGCUGCCAAGGCCGUACUUGCUGCACGCGUAGACGCUUGUCACGAAAGUGUGCAUGGUGAAUUUGGCUUGAAGUUCAAAGAAGAUAUUGAGAAGAAGCUGGAUAAGUUGCAAGAACCACCGCCAGUUAAGUUUAUCAAGCCACUAUCCAAGCCGAUUGAGGGUAGCAAGAAGAAACGUGGUGGCAAGCGUGUGCGCAAGAUGAAAGAGCGUUAUGCACUCACAGAAUUCCGUAAGCAGGCAAACCGCAUGAACUUUGGCGAUAUCGAUGAGGAUGCUUACCAAGAGGAUUUGGGUUAUACACGCGGUACGAUUGGGAAAACUGGUACUGGCCGUAUACGUUUGCCACAGGUGGAUGAGAAGACUAAGGUGCGCAUCAGCAAAACGCUACAGAAGAAUUUGCAGAAGCAACAAGUCUAUGGUGGCAGCACGACAGUGAAGCGACAGAUUUCCGGAACUGCUUCAAGCGUUGCUUUCACCCCGUUGCAGGGAUUGGAAAUCGUUAAUCCGCAAGCUGCUGAGAAAUCGCAGGCUGAACAGAACGCAAAAUACUUUUCUAAUACGUCUGGUUUCAUAUCUGUAGGCAAACGAACCACUUAAAAUGCUACCAAUAAAUUAAGAGUAAUUAAUUCAAUUAAA